AUGGCAGAGAGGUUUCCAUUGAUGUUCCUCAUUGCUACACAUUUCUUCAUAUCGGGAGUGUUAUCAACGAGUAUCCUUACCAUAGAGAACAAAUGCAACCACACAGUCUGGCCAGUUAUCUACUCAUGGCAAUCUGCCUCACAGCUCUCCACCACCGGCUUCGUUCUAAGAAGGGGGGAGGCGCGUGACAUACACGCGUCUUCAUGGAACGGUCUUAUCUCCGGUAGAACGCUCUGCUCAAACGACACAGCAGGAAACUUCACGUGCAUCACUGGAGACUGCGGAUCCGGCAAGAUCGAGUGUCCCGGAGACUACCAUUGGUCGCCGGUGACAUACAUCUACUUUAAAAUCGAUGACGACGGAAUCAACAGCUACUACAUCAGUCUUGAGUUCGGUUACAACCUUCCCCUAAGUGUGGUCCCAUCACAGAGUAGCCAGACAUGUAGGAGCUAUGGUUGUAUGGUUGACGUAAACCAGACUUGUCCAGAUGAUCUUAAGAUAUUCGCAGGGGCAAAACAAAUGUCCUGCAUCAGCGCAUGUCAAGAGUUCGAUACACCGGAGACUUGUUGCACACGUGACUUCAAGUCAAAGCAAAAAUGCAAGCCGACACUGUAUUUGCGGAACUUCGAGCGCGCUUGUCCACUCGCCUAUAGCUACCCUUACAGUGAUAAUAACAGCACCUUCGUUUGCCCUAACUCAACUGACUUCAUCAUCACGUUUUGUCCUUCCUCCGUUCCAAAGACCACCAGGAGCUCAAUGGUUCCAGUAGAAGGACGUAAAUAUGAUUCUCUACGGAAUUUAAAACCCAUACUUGGAGGCUUAUCCGCUUUAGCUGCGUUGAUCACUAUUCUUGCGGUUAUGGUGAGAGUAAAUAAUAUGCAAAGAAAUAGAGAUUCGAACGACAAGAACAUUGAAGCGGUUGUAAUGUUGAAACGAUAUAGUUAUAAAAAAGUGAAGAAGAUGACAAACUCAUUCGAUCAUGUUCUCGGGAAAGGUGGAUUUGGAACUGUCUACAAAGGAAAGUUACCCGAUGCAAGUGGCCAAGAUAUUGCACUAAAGAUCUUGGAUGAUUCAAAGGGGAAUGGAGAAGACUUCAUCAAUGAAUUAGCUAGCAUGAGUAUAGCAUCUCAUGUUAAUAUCGUUCCUUUGUUUGGUUUUUGCUACGAAGGGAGCAAGAGAGCUAUCAUUUAUGAGUUCAUGCCCAAUGGAUCCCUUGACAAGUUUAUCUCCGAGGAUGUACCAACGAAGAAGAUGGACAGGAACAUUUUAUACAACAUUGCGGUAGGUGUGGCUCGUGGGUUAGAGUAUUUGCACAAUAGCUGUGUAUCAAAGAUUGUGCACUUCGAUAUAAAGCCACAAAAUAUACUCCUGGAUGAAGACUUUUGCCCCAAGAUUUCGGAUUUCGGUCUUGCUAAGCUUUGCAAGAAAAACGACAGCAUCAUAUCAAUGUUAUACGCGAGAGGGACCGCAGGGUAUAUAGCUCCUGAAGUGUUUUCCAAGAGCUAUGGAGGAGUUUCACAUAAGUCAGAUGUGUAUAGUUAUGGAAUGGUGGUGCUUGAGCUGAUCGGGGCAACGAGCAAAGAGAGAGGGGAAACUUCUAGGUCCAAUAUAAGUACAAUGUACUUUCCAGAUUGGAUUUAUGAGGAUCUCGAGAAGAAAGAAACCAUGAGACAAUUAGGAGAUCAUAUGAUCGAUGAAGAAGAGAAUACAGUGAAGAAAAUGACAUUAGUGGGUUUGUGGUGUAUUCAGACCAAUCCAUGUGAUCGUCCACCAAUGUGA